GAAAGCGUGAUUGCAGCGGCUUCCGCAGCUACGUUGCUUCGAGUCAAGGGCUACUGUGUGCUGCAAAAGUGGGUGUCGGGCUGCCUCGUGGAGAAAGCGCAGGCAGCGGCCUCAAGCGAGGUGUUUCGGCUUCCCAACAAGAUUGUGGCCGAUGGAUUGCUGGGAACGGACUUCGGCCUGGUUGAGCUUCGGGUUUUACAGGAACGCUCGACACAAUUUGUCGAUGGCCUGCUGCUUGGCACACUGUCGCAACUCUCCACGCAGCUGUAUGGCCUCAGCGAUAGCAUCACCCACUGUAUGGAUACUGCUUGUGGAUUUUGCCAGCAAGUGUCGGCCAUUCUGUUCAGGCAGGGUGCGGCCGGCAUGUCAGGAGAGAUUUCGGGCCUGUCGGAAGUGGAUGCAUCGCGGUGGCUUGACAUUUUCCGGCGCCAUCGGUUGUUGAGCAUGGCCUAUCUGGGUCCACAGCCCGGAAUCCUGGACCUCUGGAUGUUCGAGGAAAGCGACCGGUCAGUGGAGGAGGAGGUGGGUCAUGUGCAACUGGCAGAUCCACAGCGGCAGAGGAUUGGCAUCGAACUGUCACCGGGUGACGUCGUGGUCCUCCGCCCCGAACUCCUAGCCCGGAAGUUGCGCGCCCCAGUGGGCUCGCUGGCAAUGAUGUCUUUGGUGCUGGGAAGGAAGACCAGUGCACGGAGAGUGUGGCCUGGACAGGGACGCGCUCCCGCAGCCAAAGCCUUGGAUGAGUGGACGCGCCACCGGCUACUGCAGCUGAGCCAGGAGGAUUGCGUUGACCACGAGGUUCCUUUCGCUUGGCGGAAGGACCUCCAACGCAGCUUUGACAACGGAAGAAUGGUCGCUGUCCGCUCUGCGGCUGGUCGCUUCCCCCGGGCAGAUACAGUGGAUGAUUGGUGUCGUACCUCAAUCACUGCCGCGGCCGACUACGCCACAGAGGUUCCGUUUCGGCGAUGGGACCAUUCGGAGGUCUACGAUCCAGACGAUAGCAGCGUCAAGAAAGCGAAGUCUGCUUGCCGGCAUGCUGCCUUCCUGGACGGCGUCGAGCUCUUCCCCAGCCACGCCUUCAAGAUGCCAGAGCAGGAUGUGCGGCGUUGCGAUCCGUACCAGCGAUUGUGUGCGGAGGCAGCGUCGUCCGCCCUGCACGGUGAAAGUGUGAAGCGGCAUGGCCAGCGCAGUGGCGGCCUCUUUGUUGGCUGUCCCUCACUUGCGGACUGGGAGCAUGACGGCGACGGCGAUCAGGCUUUGUUGGCCGGUCGACUCUCGGUGAUGCUUGGGCUCAGGGGGCCUUCGGAUGCUCUCGUGCACUCGGAGGGUGCCGCCGGCUUGGCCGCGGCCUCGCUGGCCGCCACAGCUUUGGAGGCCGAGCUCGACUUUGCACUGGCGAUUGGGGUGCACUUGAGCCUCUCCCCGCGGUUUUGGCUUUGUUGCUGCAGGGCCACGGCAGCCUCGCUCUCCCGGCGUGGGCGCAGCUUGGCUUUCGACACCUCCUGUGACGGCUUUGCGCAAGGCUCAGGAGCCGUCCCAGAUGGAAAGCCCGCCGGCCGGCUGCAUUACCGGCAGUGCCAUGGCUGCGAGAGGGCGCAGCACAUCUCUUGCACUGCAGGGGGGAGCCGAGAUUCGCCGCACUGUUGCGGAGGCCAUGUCAGAUCUCGAGGACGGCUUUGUGGACAUAGCGGAGGUCGACGGUCUGGGGCCAUCAGCCGAAACAAUGGAACUGGCCGCGCUGCAGGCAUCUCAUCGAGGCCUUUGUGCAGACGCCAGUCCACUACAACUGACCUCGUUGAAGGCGAGCUGCGGUCAUCAGGUGCAGUGUGCAGGACUGGCUUGCGUGAUGCAGAUCUUGGCUGCCAUCCGCCUUGGCACCGCAACAGCACAGCCGCACCUGCGGCAGCUAAAUCCCAGUGCCACGCUGGCCGGGCCCAGUCUCAGCCAUCUCAGCGUGGAGUGUGGGCAGCUCACGGAACCCAACCUCUAUGCUGGCAUUCUCGGCCGUGGAGGUGGGACAACAGUGUACACAGUGCUGUGGGGAUUUGGUGGCCCUAUGGCAAAGGAUGGCCCUGCGCAUCUAAAGCCAGACUUGGUAUCCUGGCCAGGGGUCGAGGUCGAGGGACAAGCGCCGUCGGUGUACCCACCACUAGAGAAGCAGGCAAGCGGGAGCAGCAGCUUGGCAUGAAGAUUCGGAGGACCUUCGGGGUGGAGGUUGAGCGCAUGUCUGCAGGACCCGAUUAUUGCCUGAUCGGCAGCUGGGACAACUGGACGAGGUGCCGGGCCAUGCGCUGGGAUGCCGACUGCUGGCGCGGGCAGCUGCACCUCGGAGGGGAGGAAACCUUCCAGAUCCUCAAGGAUGGGGACCCAGACCAGGCGAUCUUCCCGAACUGCCGCAACGCGCGGUUCGGGCGCUUCCAUGUGGUCCAGGGACCGGCGCCCAAUCCUCACCGCCUUGCUUGGCUGGUCGGCGAGGAUGGCGGCUCAAGCUCCGGCGACUUCGAGGUCUUUCUGAGCUUCAAGGGUCGCCGGCCGCUGGUGACGUUACGGAACGUUUCGGUGAGCCGAGACUGA